AUGAGGUUUGUCAUAUUUUGACAAUUGACGUUAGUGAAACGGUCCGAUAAAAGUUAUAGGAAGGAUAUGUAUAUAAUUUAUUUAAAUAAACCUUGAAAUACAUUUAAAUUUUAUUUUGUUGGCUGUACAUCAUCAUCUUAUAACGCAAAAAGUAUUGAUGCAAACAUUAUAAAGUUGUGUGUAUUUUUAAUGACCGAUGUAAACGACGUGGUGUUUCUAUCUUUUGAUUUUUGCGUACUGCAAUGAUUUUUACAUGUUUGGUCGAUUGGGUGGAAAUUAAACGAAAUGGGUUUAAAUAACGUCAAAUAUAUAUUAUUUGUUUAUAACACGAUUGGUUAGUCUCAAAAAUGAGUGAAAGGAAGUUUGCCCGUGGUUUAACAAAACCUGGGACUGCAGCUCAACUAAGGGAAACUGUCUCACAAGUUGUUAGAGAAAGCGCUGUGCAAAACAAACCACUCAGAGUAGAGCCACUAGAUUUUGAAAAAUUUGUCAUCAAAAAUAAAACAGUUCUCCAAAAUGAUCCUGAGAGAGAAUUGUUAUUGUAUCCACCAGAUGACAUAUCUCAAGUCGUGUUAUCUAGAAGAUUUCGCACUUUAUCACCAACCUUUCCUCCAUCGGAAGAAAUUGAAAAUUGUAAUUUACUUACAAAACAAUGCAUUAAAAAUUAUUCUUGUAAUUGGAACUUAAUUCAUUACAAAUAUAGUGCCUAUUCUGGUAGUUACGCCGAUCUUCCAAUAAAACCUCAAGAAAAAAAAUUUCAAGAAGAAAUUUAUGAGAUUGAUAUUGACACAGAUGCUGUAGAUGAUCUAAAACCUAGAUUAGAUAAUAUUACAAAAGAGGGAUUCUUAUUGAAGGGACCAGAAAUUGGAUCUGAACGAUCUUUUGUUAACAUCGGUUCAAAAAGUUUCAAAAGGAGGUACUGUUAUCUGCGACAAGAAGUAGAUGGCACAUACAUUUUAGAAAUGUAUAAAGAUGAAAAGAAAGGUGAAGCAAAAGUUACUAUAGUAAUGGAUUUUUGUACAGACGUAGUUAAGAAUUCAAAACGUGGCCGAUUUUGCUUUGAAUUAAGAAUGACUUCUGGUCACAAAUCAUAUUUAUUAGCAUCGGAAAAUGAAGCAGAUUUUAAAGAUUGGUUGACAAAAUUAAGUUCAGUCUUACAUCAAAACAAAAUUCAAGAAGAAAAACGUGCGGCUAGUUUGGAGCGAGAACGCAGUACUCCUCCGCCUUCACCUCAAAUUCAGUCCUUUGGUACACUUAAAGGACUUGAACAGAGUAUGAAUCCUCAAUUAAUGAAAUAUGCCAGAGAGACUGACCAUAGUAUAGCAAAUUUAAGGAAAGAAAAUCGUCAUAAAAUAUUUGAACUUCAUCCGAAUUUAGCUAUGAAUAUAAAAUCUCAAAAUUCUAGUCAAGAACAAAUAGAACCAUACAAAGAGAUAUUCGGGCAUAGAGUAUUUCUGAAGUUUGAAAAUAUUAGGUUAAAAUUACAAGUUGUUGAUGAUAAAGAAAAUCUUUGCCAAGUAGAACCAUACCACACAACAUUGUGCCUCUUUGAUGCCAAAAAUGGUAGAAAAUUAACUGAAAAUUUCCACUUUGACGUCAACAGCAGUAACAUUAGAAGUACUUUUAAUAAUGGUAUCACCCAUGACUCCAGUAAUGUAAAAUUGGGGCUUCCUGCUAACUUGCAUUCCGAAUGGCUGUUGUACCCUCAGCAGGCAUUACUUAGCAUUACAAAUCCUCAUCCAGAUAUUUUUCUAGUCAUUAGGAUAGAAAAAGUUUUGCAAGGUGGAAUAGGACAAACAUCAGAACCGUAUGUCAAAGCUAAUAAAGAUUCUAGAGUUAGUCAAAAAGUUUAUAAAAAUAUUGCUAUGUGUUGUCAACGACUAGGAAAAUACAGAAUGCCUUUUGCUUGGGCCGCUAGACCUGUUUUUAGGUUAUAUAGUAAUGAACUAGAUACUACUUCAGAUUUUCAUGCCAUCUAUAGACAAGAGCCAAAUAAAAUGACUGAUGAAGAAUUAUUGAAGUUACUUUCAGAUUAUAGAAAACCUGACAAAUUCAAUAAGUUUACUGUGAUUCCUGGUUCUUUGGAAAUUAAGAUGUCUGCCAUAAACGAUCUUCCACCAAAUACAUUAUCUACUUCCUUAGCACCUUUAAAACCGUUUCCACUACCUCCAACUAAUGAACCAACCAUAGAAGUCGCUGAAUUAGAAGGAUUAUCUGAUAAGGAUAUUAAUCCAUAUACAACUGUUAUCAAUCAUCUUUAUGUAUACCCCUUAAGUCUCAAUUUUGAUAUGCAAAAAACGUUUGCUAGAGCUCGAAAUAUUGCCUGUGUUAUAGAACUUAGAGAUUCUGAUCAUGAAGAAGCUAAAGCUUUACAGUGUAUUUAUGGUCGACCUGGACAACCUUUAUUGGUAUCACAAACAUCUUGUGCCGUUCUGCACCAUAACACUUAUCCUACGUGGUACGAAGAAAUUAAAAUCAGACUUCCAACAAAUAUACUUUUCUCUCAUCAUUUAUUAUUUACUUUUUACCAUAUUUCCUGUGAUAUUACAAAGAAAAGAGAAAAUGGAAUAGAAACUUGUGUGGGUUAUGCAUGGAUACCAUUAUUACAAAAAGGAAGACUUUCGGUGGAAACUCAAAUCAUACCUGUAGCAGCCAAUUUGUUGCCAGGAUAUUUAACAAUACAUCCUUUUGGAUUAGGUAAAGGUAAUGCUGGACCAGAAAUCAAUUGGAUCGAUGGACAAAAACCAAUCUUUACCGUAGCUUUUAACUUAGUGUCAACUAUAAAUACAAAAGAUCAACACCUAUUCAAUCUUUUUAAUCUCGCUGAACGGUUGUUAGAUUCUAAACCAACAUCUCUACCAUCCGAAGGGGAGACAUGCAAGAUUUUAAAAGCUUUACAUGCUAUUCAAUUAACAACGCUCAUAACCUUUUUGCCAACACUUUUUAACCAACUUUUUACACUUUUAGUUGUAACAAAUAGUGAAGAAAUAGGUAUAAAUAUUAUUAGAGUUUUGAUAAAUCUAGUGACAAUGAUAUAUGAUGUCAAACGUAAAGAAAUAUUACAAGCUUAUGUAAAAUAUGUAUUCGUUUCUCCUGAAAGCAGGAAGAAUACCACUGUACACGAAGAAAUGUGCCGUCAUCUUCCAGUAAUUCUACAUCCAAACAAUACUGACUUUUUAGUGGUUAAUAAGUUCAUGCAUCAUUCUGAUUUUUUUUUUGAAAUCAUCAACAAGAGUUUAGCCCAGCAUUUGCUUACUUCUGGAAGAAUAAAGAUGCAUCGACAUGAGAGAUUUUCUGCAGAUUUUUUGGAAAGAAUAGAACAUUUAAUGCAAGUACUUAUUCCUUAUGUUCACAAUAAGUAUAAAGAGAUGCCGUUAGAAACAAAAGAAUUAAACAAAAAUAUGGCGUUUUUUCUGAAGAAAUGCCUUUCGCUUGUUGACAGAGGGUUUAUCUUCAAACUAAUCAAGUCUUACAUCGAUAAAUUCAAUCCCGGUGAUUCAAGAAUACUUCAAGAGUACAAAUUCAACUUCUUGGAGAUAAUAUGUAACCACGAACAUUACAUAUCAUUCAAUUUACCAAUACAGUAUAGCAAAUUAAGCCCAAGGAAUAGAUCUCCAGACAAUAUUCAAGAUUUUACAUUAUCAGAAGAAUUCUGUAAGCACCAUUUCCUAGUUGGAUUACUCUUACAAGAAGUAAAAGCUUCUUUAAACGAAGUAGCGCACAUAAGAAAAAUUGCUCUUACUACACUUAAAAAUCUCAUAGCUAAACACGAAUUAGAUGAAAGAUAUAAAAAUAAAAGACAAAUGAGUAGGAUAGCAUUGAUUUACUUGCCAUGGUUAGCUGCAGUUUUGGAAAAUCUGAAUAGGUUAGAUAUAAAAGGUGAAUCAGAUGAAGAAGGAGAUUAUAGUGUAGUGAAUAGGAUGUCAUCAAGUAGCUCUUUUCUAUUUGGAAAGAGUGGUAGUGAAUGUACACCAAGAAGUCACAGAUUUACUCUACAUAUAGAUAAAGAUAGCCCUUUACACAUAAGAAAUUCUGUGUUUUUUGAUGCUAUUGCUGGACAAUCUUUGGUUAAUGGAAACUCUCUGAGUGUUGACUCUGAUAUAUCUGCAAUAUCAGGUGAUGCCCAAUCGACACUUUCUCAAGAAACCACCAUAGUUAAAGAUGAGAGUCUCAAAAACGGAGAAAUAAAAAGUCACACUCGAACUACAUCUCAUAUACUAAGAUAUGAUAAAUUACAACCACAUGAAGUAAAGGAUAUUUUGUUGAUAUUUGUAUUUGUCGUUAAGUAUCUUAAUGAAGAUCAACUUACAUUUUGGUGGGAAAAUUAUUCCGAUCACGAUGUAGUGAACUUUUUUACUGUAAUGGAACUGUGUUUAUAUUGCUUCAGAUAUGUAGGAAAGAGAAAUAUUAAUGUUAUAAAAGUUAGUGAAUCUGAAGUUAUAAAGCCUAAAACAAAAAAGGCACAUACUUUACCUGCAAGAAUGAAUCCAUCAGAAUUGAAUCACGAGAAUACUGGAACGUUGGUUAUUCACACACCUAGAGAAAAUUUGGUGGAUUCAGAAAAUGAAAUUCUUAGACGACAACAACAAGCAAUCCUUGAACAGUAUUUAGCCACGGAAAUUGGACUAAUAACUUUAGAUUGUAUGGGCUUGUAUUGUAUGCAUUUCAAAAAAAAAUUGUUGAAGUCUGACGUUGAUAAUGAAGUACUGAAGAAAAUUAUCGAUAUAUAUCUAAGUUUCAUUCAAAUUGGACAAAGUGAAAAUCUGUUGAAGCACGUUUUUGCUGCAUUACGAGCGUUCAUUAAUAAUUACUCAGUAAUUCUGUUCCAAGGAAAUGCUAUUCUUUGUGGCAAAUUAUGUUACGAGCUUCUCAAGUGUUGUAAUAGUCGCUUAUCGUCUGUAAGACAAGAGUCUUGUGCCAUAUUAUAUUUGUUAAUGAGAAGCAACUUUGAAUUCACGGGUCGUAAAGGUCUUACAAGAGUCCAUUUGCAAGUAAUCAUAUCAGUUUCACAGAUGUUGGGUAAUAUCGUGGGGUUGAACAAUGCUCGUUUUCAAGAAAGUUUGUCUUUGAUCAACAGUUAUGCUACAAGUGACAAGGCGAUGAAAGGAACAGGUUUUCCUGUUGAAGUGAAGGAUUUAACUAAAAGAGUAAGAACGGUGUUAAUGGCAACAGUUCAAAUGAGAGAACAUCACCAUGAUCCUGAAAUGCUUGUCGAUUUGCAACACAGCCUAGCCAGCUCUUAUGCAUCCACUCCAGAAUUAAGACAUACAUGGCUAGAGACUAUGACAAGACACCAUAUCAGAGAUGGAAAUUAUUCGGAGGCUGCCUGUUGUCAACUACACAUUGCUGCUUUAAUGGCUGAAUAUUUAAAACUGAAAAAUAUUCAAAACUGGGGUGCCGAAAAAUUCGAAUUAAUAUCAUCCAAUAUAUCAAAAGAUGAAAAAGGUUUAAAAUUAGAUUCCGGUGUUCAAGAUAUUCAGUAUACAGAAUUCAUCUUACAAGAGCAACUUGAACGGUGUGCUGAAUAUAUUGACAAAGCAGAGCGUUAUGAAAUAUUAGGUGAAUUAUACAAAUUGAUAAUACCCAUCCAUGAGAAAAAGAGAGACUAUGACAUGUUGAGAAAAUGUUAUAGUGCUCUAGCAGAUAAUUAUGAAAAAAUUAUUGAAACAAAUAGAAGUGGUAGAAGACUUUUAGGUAGAUAUUAUAGAGUUGGGUUUUAUGGUCAAGCAUAUUUUGAAGAAGAUAGUGGAACAGAAUACAUAUACAAAGAACCUAAAGUUACCUCCUUGAGUGAGAUUUCUGAAAGGUUGUAUAAGCAAUAUUGUGAUAAAUUUGGAUCUGAUGUUGUUAAAAUGAUCCAAGAUUCAACACCGGUAAAUAAAGCCGAGUUGGAUCCGAAGUUAGCAUAUAUACAAGUUACCCACGUUACACCGUAUUUCGAAAAGCAUGAACUCGAAAAUAGACUGACAGAAUUUGAGCAUAACCAUGAUAUUAACUGUUUUAUGUUUGAAACUCCUUUUACAAAAGAGGGCAAGGCUAGAGGAAAUCCUGAAGAUCAGUGGAAACGAAGAACAAUAUUAACUACUUUGUAUUCAUUCCCUUAUGUUAAAAAGAGAAUUGUGGUAAAGGGGGUGAGACAAACGGAGUUAACUCCCAUCGAAGUGGCUAUAGAUGAAAUGCAAAGUCGAGUUGCGGAAUUAGAAGACGUAGUUUUUACACAACCAACUGAUGCCAAGAAAUUACAGUUAAGACUUCAAGGUAGUGUUUGUGUCCAAGUAAACGCUGGUCCCUUGGCAUAUGCUAGUGUUUUUUUGGAUCCAGCUCUUAGUAACAUGUAUCAAGAUGAAAAAGUUGAAGAGUUGAAAGAUAUAUUUAGAGAGUUCCUGAAAAUAUGCUAUUCUGCGCUUCAAAUAAACAGCAAACUUAUAAACUCGGAACAGGUGGAAUAUCAAGAGGUUCUACGUCAAAAUUAUAAAAAGUUAUGUUCUGCUUUAUCAGUUUUAUUUGGAGAGACGCUUUGGCCUCACGACGAUAUGGGCAGUUUUAAAAGAAACAGUAUGGCGCUGUUUAGCGCCGUGACUGGUGCCUCACAGAAUUCUAGUACAGCCUGAAAGUAUUAAAAGUAUAUUAAGUGAAUCAAAUUCGCCUUCAGUAUGUUAUUUAGUUGAAAAAGAUCAUUGAUACUUGAACGAUUUUAUCCAAUAAUCAACAAAUAGUUUUAGUUUAAAUAUAAUCUUAGCUAUUCCAGUUUUUUUCUGGCAUAUUACAUAUAUUCCGUUAACGUAAAUAGGUAUUCUCUUUAUAAUUUCAAAUGUGUGGUUAUCUUGUUUUUCUGUAUUAUGCAUAUGUUUUAUAAAAGAAUUUUUAUUUAAUAAUUUAAUAAAGCACUUGAAUGUAAUAAUCUCUGACUAUAUUAAUAUUUAAAUUCUUUUUAUAAUACAUGUUCCAUGUAUUAAUGAUCUUUAUUAUAGAAAAAAUUAGUUAUUUAACUUUUUUUUACUUGUUUUCAAACUUUGACUAGAUAAUUUAAUCUAUUUUUGUUUUGAUAUUUUAGAAAUAUGUUAUUAACUGAAUAUUAUUAUUAAAAUUAUUAUUUCCCUUUUAAUAUUUUAUAUUUCCAAAACUAAUAUUUUAUCUUUGGUUGUAAAUUAAAUAGUUAACAGUAGAGAACAGUUUAGCUUUUUGGAUUAUAUUGUCUUAUUGUGGUCAUUUAGUAAGAACUCUGCAGUAAAAUAUAAAUUCUAAAUCAAUAAUUAAUGGAAAGCCUUAAAUAUAUGGUACGUGACACUUUUAUACUUUUAUAAAAAAAUCCAAGACUGGCAGAGCUAGAUUUGUAAUUUUAUCAGUAGAAUUGCAUCUAGCAGUUUAAUGCCCUUUGUUUCUUCGAAAUUAUAGAAAAUAGUAAAGUAAUACGUAGCUUUAAAAAAGUAAACAAUCUACUCAAUUUAUGCUACCUAACACAACUAACUAGGUAGAACUAAAUAUUCAAUUAUCUAACCUAACUUAAAAAAUGCGAUAUCCGUAAUAAUUGUGAUUACCUAAUUAAUAUAUUUUGUUUGUGCCCAUGCAAAAUCAUUCUUUCAGUAGACAGUAUGUAACUGUCAGCUCUUCAAAAUUAUCUUUAGUAAGUAAUGUACGCAAAUUUGUUUCCAUUUUUCUAGCAUUAUUGCUACAUAAUAUAUUUAUAAAGUAUUUCUUUAAAUAUUUAUAAACUAGUUGUCUUAGUCUCGAAUUAAUAGUGAAAAGGAAAACUAUUGUAUAGUGAGCUUUGCAAUGUCAAAAAAUAUAUGACAACCUUUUUAUGUCUUCACAAUGUAUUUAGAAAUACUAUAUAUAGCUUAUAUAUAUGGUCCAUUACUCGCCAACAUAAAUUAGUAAUUUAUUAUUUCUUCAUAGUUUCACAUUAUUAAACACAGUUUAACUACAAACAAAAUAGCAUUUAUGUAUAAUAUCCAAACAAAACUUAUUUAUAUAUUCUACAUUUCUGGAAAUUUCGGAACUACAAAGGGCAUCGACUUAGUAGUUAGACUUUCUGGAUAUUCCUAGUAUAUUUAAUAUAUUGAAUGAGACAAAAUAUUGGAAAAAAUAUAUUUCAAUAUUGUCCAUUGCAAUAAUACUUAUAGAUUGUCUUCAGUAGAAAGAGUAUCUUCGUAAUUAUUGAAUACAUACAAUUUGUAUAUCUAAUCGUAUCUAUUGAAACGUUUGAUUCCUUUUUUUUAGCCCCCUUCGAAAUUAUGUUCUCGUGAAUUCUGCAUAAUCUAUGAAUCCCAGAUAUUCCUAAUAUAUAUUAUGUAUUUGUCAUUAUAUUUAAUGAGUUAAUUUUAUUAGAUGUAUUAAACACCAAUAAUUUUUAUCUUUUAUUAACAAAAUUGAGGAAAUCUAGAAAGUCUGUUAACCAAUUCCAUAGACAUAAAAAAUACAGUAAUUCAACACGUUAUAUCUAAAUUUUAGUAUAAGAUUAGUCCUUGAUGUUAAUUUUUAUUUCAUAAAUAAAUGUGACCUUUAAUAGUUCACACAACAGUUAAGAAUUCACAAAAUAUUUAGCAUUGUAUUUCUCAUUUCUAACCAUUAUUCCAGUUUUCAAAUGAAUUUUAUAUACCAACUAUUAAGUUUACCAUUCUAUGAACAUAUGAAAGUUUUAAAUUAUAUACUAGGAUCACUUGAUAAUGAUGUUUACAAGAUAAAAGUUAAUCUCAGAAAUCAAAAUCUCAUUAGAACUACUCUUUUUCUUAAUCCUUAAAGGUACUCAUUCGAAUACGCACAUAUUUGACUGAAGAAAAACCGUUGUUGUUAACAUAAAUAAAUUGUUUGGUCAGUUUUUGAUUCCAUCAAUACCUACUCAGUGUCUAUAUAGUUAUAGUAGAUUUAACAGUGAAUAUGUUGGGAGAAUCCUUCUACAUCGUUUAUUUGAGAUCCUUUAUAUUCAAUAGAAAUUAUUCUGCAUGUAGCUAACUAAAUGCUUCAUGAUCCUUUGCUUAUGAUUAUGUACAGAAUUCUAAACAUAUUCUACAGAAAUCAUUUUUUUUUAAUUAUUCUUAACCAAUACUUACAAUUUUGAACAACUCACACGUUAUUGUAUGUUUCCACUGGAGAAAUAACUUAAACUAUUUAUUUUGAUUUUCCAUAAAGUUGCAAAAUGUUACUUUGAUUUUGGAAACCAAUUACAGUUCGUAUUCGUAUUGCUGUGACCAGUUUGGCUUAUAAACUUAACAAAAACAGUAACAUGAAACAAAUACAAUUUACUACUAGUAAGUAGUACUAGUUUCUAGUUACUAAGUAACUAGAAACAGCAUUUUGUUGCAAAGUCUGUAGUGGUGUUUCUAAUAUGGGACAAAUUUGAUUUUCGAAUUCCAGUUUCCAACUGGUCCAGUGAAAAUAAUGAGUUUCACUUAAAUUGAGAACGGGAACCACAAAUGACAACUACCAAUUCUGGUUGAUUCAGUGGACAAAAUUUUCUUACAUAAUCAGAAAAGAUUCAAUUUCACGGUUGUGCAUAAAUAUUUGAGUACUUUGCACUUAUAUUGAAAGAGUAUAAAAGGCAUAGUCAUUCCAUCUAAAUUAACAGUGGCUAUUUAUCAGCAAGAAAUUACAGAAUAAAUAAAACAAAUAGUAUUGAUACGGAGUGCGUGAAGUUCACCUUUAGCUAUCAAUUUCAAGCUAAAUUUCAUACAACUGGGUGUUGAUUUUUGUAUGUGGUCAUUAUACUUUUCCACAUAUAUUUUGUAAGAUACUUUUUGGUUCCUAAUUUCAACUAAUUUUGUGCAAAAUUAAUUACAAAUAUUUAGAAAAUAAGCGUAAUUCAUCAGACUUCGUAGAAAAAAUAGCUUGAUAGGAAAUAAAUUUCUUACAUUGGAGUGUUGUCUUUCUUGGGUAGCAGUACGUUCAUACUCGUGAAACUUAUCCCUCAUAAUCUAAAAAUACUAUUACAUGUUCCUGAAAGUUUAUAUUUAGAGAAAUAGGAAGAAAUGUAGAAGUUGUUAUAUAUUCAUCCAGUGGAAACAAAGGUUUACCAUAUACCUGACGAAAUAAUUAUCAAGUCCUCAAAGUACCUAGUAUAUUAUAGAUUGAAAUUGAACAUUAUAUUUAUUUGUGAAUAUUAUGACAUUUUGAACAGAAAAUAGUGAAAUAUUUUUAGUUAGUGUAAGUUAUAUACUCCAUAUAAACGCCUAAAUAUGCACAAGAUAUUAAUAUGUAAAUAAUUAAACAUUUAGAUAUUUACCUGACAUACGUUUAAAAAAUUCGGCUACUUAGAAAAAUUUUUUAUAUAUUCAUAUUAACGCCCAAAGACAUUACAAUUAAUAUUGAAAUGUCUUUAUUAUACUCUUGUUUUGAAAAAUAAUUAUAUUAUAAAUACGUGAAUGUCUUUAAUAUUGUGUGGGCUGUGAGCUAUCAUUAAUUUAAUUCAUAAUGGUCAGCCUAGUGUUAAGUUGAUUUGUCAGUUACAGAGACAGAGAAAUUCUAGUUCAAUUUUAAUUUAUUAUAGAUAUAUUUCCGAAAUAUUAUUUAAUUAGUAAUUAUUUUUAAACAUGUCAACCUACAUCUCUACAAAAAGAAUAAAAAGUAGAUUUGACAACUUCUCUUUAGAAGUGGAAAUGCAGUGUAAUUCCUAUAGUACUUUCCUUAAUAACAUCAUCAUUUUGUUGCGUCGACAUUUUAUCUGAACGUAGGUACUGAAAAAUUUGCUCUUCUAUAACUUGUCUCAAUCCAAAUGCACAAGAAGCACUUUAAAUAUUGCUCAAUUCUAGAAUAUAGAUUAUAUUUGUCGGAGCACUAUUAUUGGAAGAAAAAGAGUCUUUCUGAUUUCUGCAGAUUGAUAUAUUUAUAUUAGUUUAUUUUUUGAAAAUUAUUCACUAGUAAAUUAUGCAUGCUGAUGUUUCUGUAACUGACUAUAUUUACUCUAAUUUGAUUUAGCCAAAAAAAAUUACUGUUAUUAAUUUUUGUUUAUACCAUGACAUAUUACAUAAUUUGUACCAUUAUUUUUAUAAAUUCAAUUUGUAAUUUAUGUAAAUUUUUGUAAUUAAUUGUUUUUUCGUUAAUUAACAUAUUGAUGAUAAGUGUCAAAUUCAUAGUAUUCAAUUUAUAUGAAAUUCUCCAUCACAUUAUGUCAUUAAACACAGUCAUAAUAGACAAAGAGAAAGAUAAUUACUUAGUAUACGAAUUGUGGAAUUUUUACAAAAGGAAAGAUUCUGAAAUCAGGUUUAUCUAGCAAAUUUUUUGACACAUUUUUAAUAUUUGAUUUCUAAAUAUGGUAUUUUAUUUAGCUCACUUUAUUAAAUAUUAUUAUGUGGAAUAUUUGUUUUUAUUGAUAAAUAUUUGAAUUUAGUUAAAUACAUUGAAAAAUAAAAUUAUUAGAUCUAUGCAACAGGCUGAAACCUGAUUCAUAAAAUAUUUAUUAUUAUAUCGUCAAUUUAUGGAAUACUCAUAUCUAUUGUUUUAAUUUCUAUAUCCUAUGUAUUUAUCAGCAAAUGAAUAACCUCAAAUACUAUUAUAAUUAGUAAUGUUUUUAUUGGACUAAUUAUGCAGUAGUAGCAGAAAAUUUUUCCAUUAGUAUCAGUCAAUUUCUUGGUUAAUGUUUUAUGAGGAUAUCAUUAGUCUUAAUUUUUUAAGUUGGUACAGUAAAGUAGGUGGACUAAGGAGCAUUCAUUAAUUAAGUGAGCUCAUAUCCCUGUUAAAUAUUUUAUGUACAGAAUAGCAACAAAAAAAGUUUUAAUGAUAGAAAAGACAUGUUUACAGAAAUGAAAGGUGUUCUAUACGGUUUAUGUUAGUAUAAAUAUUCAAGACAGUGAAUAUUUUUUCACCUAGUAAAAUAUGUUGCUCUGAUAAAAUUUUCUUUUUCUUGUGUAAAUGAAAUUUUGGUUGGUGUGAAAAGUAACGUCCAGGUACUUAAUGGUAAGUUUUAGUUGUAAUAUUUGAUGAGUGAAAUUUAUUGAAAAUGAUAUUAGGAAAGGGGAGUGGAUUUAAUAUAAAUUUGGAUUUAGGUCGAUUUUGUUUGAGCUUCUUCUUGUUGGACCAUUUUGUCGUAAUGAUACUUUCGACUGUGGCAAUUGCAUAUUUCAAUGUUUUAGUUGUGUUACUAAUCGUGCCUUCUUCAUAAUUAAGUAUGUGUGCUUCGUCGUCAAAAUGUAAUAAUGGUUGUAAUUAUAAUAGCAGUAGACAUUGCACUGAAGUAAUUUUUAUAUUUUUCGAUGAAUAUGUUUGCUUUUUUGUAGUAAUCAUAUUCAGCUGUUUUUUAUAUUUCAUACAAAUAUGUUUUGCCAUCUUUCCAAUUCCAAUUUGCCAUUGCUUCACAAGUUUCAGACCUCUUAUGUGUUUGAAUUCUGGUAUGAGAAAUGAAUAAUUUUAUUAAGAUUGUUUAUAAACUUUUCAUUUUUAGUCGCCCAUAUUCCUACACUCUUUAUCAGUUUUCCGCUUAUUUGUCGUUAAGCAAAUUAUGAGUAUAGCUCUCUUUCCAUGUAUAGGCACACAGCAGUUUUAUUUUUGAGGUUUAUUGCAAAAAAUCGAAGUUUUCUUGAUUUACGUUUGCAUUCUUCUCACUCGAUACUAAUAUUAUUUUAAAAUCAGAUUCCAGGUUUGGAGUAGUUUUAACUUUUAAUAUUUUCGUUGUACAAAAAGAGGUCAUGCAUUUUAAGUAUAUUACUACUACUACUGAAUAAACUGUUUACCAUUACACAAACUCUCACAAUUACUCUGGCACGUUUUGAUAGCAAAGUCGUUAUCUUAAAAGAACAAAAGUGAACUUUUUACCCUUUUUUUUUUCAAAAUUCCAAAGUUGAUGUCGAUACUGAAGAAUUGGGACACCCUGUAUAAUCCAAAAGCCAAUAAUCUAAAAAUUCUUUUAAAUACAAACAACUUAUGUAAUUAAAGUUGUUUGAUAACUCUUACAGGUUUUGAGAAAAGUAUAUGGGUCACCUUAUGUUUGACACCCUGUACAUUAAUUUCUAUAUAGUACAUCCAAGCAAGAAGUCUUCUUCAUAUACACUUUUAAAUGUGUGAUAUGUCAAAAGGUUACGGAGUUCAUAUUUUGGGGUAAUUGACUAUUAAUUAAAUACAUCUGCAUCUACAGUAAAACAUAUUUUUAGCUUGUCAGUUUGUAUAAUUUAUGCCACCUGUAUGUAUAACAUACCAUAGCUACUACGUUCAGAGGAAGUAUAUUCGUUUAGCUGAUUAAAAGUAUAAAAUAUUAUCUUUUCUUUAUAUAUUCUCUUUAGAAUUGUAACGCUUCAUUUCCAUAACCUUAUCACGGAUAAAUCUGAGCACUGGAUUUACCUAUUACAAUAUAUGAAUUUAACUUUGUGAGCUUUGAAUCACCCAAAUAUUUGAUGAUUAUAUCAGAUAAUCCGAGAAAUAAUUGUUUAUACUAACACUUCCUAUUAAAUGUAACGAUUCUUUGGGGCGAGUGGUACACUUGUACAUGAAAAAAUAUUAAUUAAAAAUGUGUCUUUGUAUAACCAUAAAGAAAAUAUAUUCAAGCUUAUUCUAUAGUGCCAUAAUUUCCCCUAUUGUAAAAUUUACACUUGUGAUAGUGUGUUAUGGUAUUACAUAUAUCUAAUUUUAUUUGUUAAUAUGUGAACUUUGUCAAUGUGUUAAUAACUUUCGUUAUUUAAGAAAUAAAUAUUGUUUAGGAA